UGUUUCCUUUAUUUUUCAUACAAAAAAUUUUGUCCAGGCGAGAAAUAAAAUAGUGGUAACUAUGAACGAAGGAGUAAUCUCCGGUUACGAGAACUUUUUUAGUGGUUCUGGUUUGCCAUCGGACUUGGCAGUGGAAAUGGCGUCGUCAACCUCGAUACAUCCAGUUGUUGAGUCAGAUUAUCAUAAAGACACUGCACCUCUGACACAAUUACAACAUCAACAUGUACGCCGUUUCCAUCAUCAAUCGGUGUAUAACAGUUCAUUUGCGUCCACAAAUGAUAUGACACAAACGGUGGCCUCUGUACCCGGGAAUGGAAAUAGUGGCAAUGUCAGUGCUUUUACACAAAUUCCUUUUGUACAAAUUCAUACAACGGAUGUCCAGCCACAGAGUGCAUUUAACAGUACUCGAUUUAGACGUAGUGCCACCAGCAGUCAUGAAGAAAUAAAGGCAGAGCCAAUUAAGUCUGAAAAUGCCGAAGGUGCCAAAGAGCGGAUAAACGCGACACCAACGCCACCAGGCUCAGCGCAACAGACCAGCGAGAAUAACACCACUAAAAGUUUGAUUCAAAAUGAGAAGGACAUUUGUGCGAAAAAAAAGAAGGCAAAUUUAGACGCCAGGAGUAAAAACGCAAAUGUGUCAAAUAUUGAAGACUCAACAAUAUGCUCUUCGGAAGACACUUCGCAUGCACUUCCCGCCAUUCAUAAAUGUCACCAUUGUGCUUUUAUAAGUUUAUGUGAAAGUGGGUUACAGCUUCAUGUCGAUGCCAUGCACCAAGUUAACUUUCAAAUGUGUGCAAAUUCUGUAAAACGUCCAUCAAUUCAAUGCCCAGGUUGUGAGAACGUGUUCUACGCUUUCACAGUUAUGGAAAUUCAUUUGCGAGAAGAUCAUUUAAUGGCAGAGCAGGAUAUAAUAGUACUGCUACGAGCUCUUAAAAAUAAAAGCCAGGUUACAGAACAUACAACCUCAACCAAUAACUUAAAAACCACGGAUGAAGCAUCUCCAACAGAAAUUUCCAUGAACGGUAUGAACGGAACACAACGACGCAGUAGAAUUUAUUUGAAGAAUGUGGAAUGCUUGCGAGAACCGCAUCGAGAUCCUAUCGAGCAGCAGGAUAAUCUCAUUACUGAUAGUCUCUUUCAUUUUGAAAACGACGAUUGCAAUACGUUAGUAAACAUUGGUAGUAUAAGCAUGGAGGAGCAAGAUCUUAUAGGUAUGCUCACAAACUCCGAACCGACAUAUCAUAACAAAAGCGGCAAUAGUGACACUGAAAGGAUGAGCCCUGCCGUAGAUGAAAAUAAGUCAAGGAAUCCACCGAAACAAAAGAUUUCCAUUAAGAGUGUUGAUGUACUCCGGGAACCUGCACUAGUGCGACGUGAUUAUGAGAUGCAAUCCUUUGAUGAUUUUAUUAACGUCUGCAGCGAUUUGAAUCUGCAUGUUGCUAACAACAGCGAAACGAACAACGUCGAAGUAAAUGAUGCAAGAGAUAAUCACGACAAUGUACAAUUUAAUAAUUAUCCAGUAGUGUCGAAUAGAGAGCCUCUGUUGGGUACCACCAGCGAUACUGUCAUCGCUGAUUUUGCAAAUGAUUACGACAAACCUAGGAGGCCUAAAAUAUAUAUAAAAAACGUAGAUAUAUUGAAAGAGCCGAUGACAUUUUCGAACAAUAUAAAUGCUCCUAACCUAACGGAGUCGACGAGCAAUGUAAUGAAUUUCAAUUUUAUGCAACCGACAUUGCCACAAAUCGCCACCUCCUAUCUGGAAACGGUGGACAACCUGAAUGCAACAGUACCGACAUUUAAUGGUGGAAUGUCCCAAAUACCACUUGGCACCAUAUCAGACCAAUAUCUCUUUGAGAGUGCGGGUAGUAACUUCUUGGUCAAUACGACAUCAUCUGCCUCCGCCGACAACUACGCUUACGGCAAUGAACCAAAUUCAGAAAGUUUUCUAAUGGAAUCGAGUCGUUUCACGAUAACACCGAACACGAUAACACCGAUAAUAACUGAACCUACACCGCCUCCCCCUCCAAUGGGCACAUCUAUGGUCAACACAUCGAACUGUACGGGCGAAACACCACCAGCACAUCACUCUACCGCGCUGAUAAAUGUACAAAAACAGAAAAUUUUUAUCAAAAACGUUGAUAUAUUAAAAGAACCGCAGUUUCAGGAACCUCGAGGCUUGUUGCACCUGCGUACAGUCGAUGAAUUGAACCUAAUGAACCGAAGAGAGGUUGAGAACUUAAUAGCGCCUAAUUUGGAGGGUAAUCAGACUAAUAUGGCUGAAGAAGAAAUCAACGAUAGUUUUACAAAAUUAAAAAAAGCAAAUGGUGAAUCGCAGUCGACAGUUGAAAAUUGCAAUGAUAGCAAUGCAAUUGAAGCAAUAUCGUACGGAUGCGAAGGUUUUAAGCUGAACGAAUUUUCCACUCCAAAUAGUUGGCAUGAUGACUACGAUCUUGGUGAGGAUAUCAGGGAAAUCAUAACUAGCACAAUGGCACCAAAUUUACCAACAUCACAGAAGAUAAUACAUGACUUGGAUACACCACAGGUGUCACUUAUUUCCAUACCGGAUAUGGAGGAGCUCACAGUGGCAAAUGUUGGGGUAAAUGGCGGUACAGUGUUAGCAGAAGGUGAAGAAACUGCAUUGGCAACGGGUGUUGUACAGCAACAAAACAAUACAAAUUUCACCUUCGAGUGUGAAGCUUCUACUGUGGAUAUAAUUCAAGAACCAGUUUGCAGCGCUGAUAAUCCGUCUGCUGAUCCCGUUACGGUUUGUAAUGAUACCUUACCUGAGAUGCAAAAAGAACACGAGCCAAUGGGCGUAUGCCAGUUGACAAGCACUCCGGAAGUCUUAAAACAGGAACGCCUAAAUCCAGCCCCGCCUGUAGAAAAAUCUGAUAAAGUGCCUUCUCAAAAAAAUUACUUAAUCAAUUUCGGCGACAUUCCGCCACUCACACCAAUGAGUACGGCAACAUGCACAAUAAAUACUUCGGCAAAUACGGCAACAUCCAUUGUUGCUACAAGUGGUUUACCGGUACCGCCACUUGUGCCAAUGUUAUCAACGAUUCAAAUGUCAAAAACUGUAACGGCUACCAAUACAGGUAGCACUACAUCAACGCCUGCGGAACGAGGUCGAAUUUAUGUGGCGAAUAAUCUAAUGCAAGCACCAAGUGCCACCUUAUUGUUGCAGACUUCAACAGCCUCGUCGAUAGCUACAACAAAUCAACAAGGAAAACAGCAAACAAAAACUCCAAUUGCCGUGUCGGUAAUGGGAGGAACUUCGGUGCGUGGUCGACCGUUCGGUUCGAAUCGUACAGGCAUAACAAAGCUUCGCAAGCAACCGCUAAACGGAGAUGGAGCUGGCGUCUACCUCAAGUGCACAGUUGCGGGAUGUGUUUUUCGAUUUAAGAAGUCGAGCACACUGGAGUAUCACAUGAGGUGCCAUAGCAACGAUUCGUCGCCGCCGUCAAAGGCAUGUCCCGAGUGCAAAGGUUCAUUCACGAACUGGAAUUCGUUGCAUACACAUCUCUGGCGUACGCAUAAAAUCGACAUGGAAUUAUAUAGCUGUGAAUUGUGCAGCUUCAAAACUCCCAUAUAUUCACGCCUAUUGAAUACACAUUCCAAAAUCCAUUACGAUGAACGCAACUAUAAAUGUGAUCAGUGCGAGAAAGCUUUUAAGAAUACCAAACAGUUAAAAAACCAUCGCCGUUGGCAUCGGAAUCAUAACAAAGCAACAUCAACAUCAGCAACAACAAAACGUGAACAGCCUAGAAAGGAUGAUGCAAUUACUUCGGAAAGCCAAGAUCCAGCGUCGGCAGCAGCUGCAACUACAUCGGUGCCUACUCGAAAUUUUCAUCGUUGUAAGGACUGCGAUGCAGUUUUUUCACAUCAGAAAUCGUUGCGCGAACACUUAUGCAAAAACGCCGCCGCAGCUGUGCAGUGCGAAGUGUGCGACCGUGUACUUACUUCGCGCUCCUCCUUAAAGUUGCACAUGCAGUCACACGAGCCAGCACGACGUUUCAAAUGCAAUGUCUGUGACUAUUCGACUAGUGAUCAUAACGCAUUUCGGCGCCACAAAAUGACUCACAACACAAAUGCAAAGAUGUACGCCUGCGUCCACUGUGACUACAAGUCAAUACAAAGUGUAGCCUAUCAGAAACACAUUCAACAAAAGCAUCCACAAGUAGCCGAUUCGUAUGUAUAUAAGUGCAAAAUCUGUCCAUACUCUACCAUAAAUAAAGCUCUGUUCGACAUACAUCAAGUGAAACAUGAGAAUAAGAAUGACAAAAAUGAAGCGGCAGUGGAAAACAUUGCGAUUGAAACGCAAAAGUCGUGUGGCAAGAAAAACACCCAAACUACCGAUAAUGAGCCUGCGACAAAAACAAAAAUUAAAGUUAAGAGCCAUUUAUUACUAACGACUCCAGCCGAUUCGUCGAUGGAAUUAAAUGACAUAUGUUUUGAUGCUGUAACUGUACCGGCGUAGUAAUUACAGAAAGUGGUAGCUUAAAGCGCGGAUUUGUAAUGCCAUAAAUGAAACAAAUGAAUUUUUAACUUUGAAGUUACAUUUAUUUGAAAAAUUCGAUUAAUUAGGUUUAAUUAACUAUUAAUGUAGUUCUGUAAUUAUGUAAAUACAAUAGUUUAGAUUAAUUUUUUUACGCUCGACGACAAUGCUAAACUUAGUCACCAUUAUUUGAAUUUAUUGCGAGCUUUUUCUUCCAACGAAUAGCGUUAUGAGCUAACAAAUCAUAGCACUUUCGUACGAUACCACGGCUAAAACAAAUUAAAGAAAAUAUUUACACAUAUCAAUGCUUUUAUUAAUAAAAAUUAUUUGCCUUUGCUCGACUUGUCAUUAGCAUUGUCGUUGAAUGGUGCUGAAAUCAGCCUUGGGGCUCAUUUGCAAAUAUGUAUAUACUCGUAUGUGAAUUUUUUAAGUAUAUAGCUACAUACAUAUAUAGCAUCUUGUAGAUUUCCAAUGUGUACAUAAUGUAAUCUAUAGAUUUUUAAAUUGAUAUACUUAUACAAUAUAUGAGAACAAUUUGAUAUACUACA